AUGUUGACGCGCCUCUUCAGCGAACCCAGCUUGAUCCCAGAAGUUCAGAAAUUCUCCAGCUGGGCGGACGAUUGUGAAGAGGAUGAUUCGAGCGACAAAGAGGAGCAGAAAAGUAAAAGCUGCCCUCUUCAGGAGGACGACUCGGAAGUAAAAGAGGAGAACGACCUGGGCGCUGAUGAAGAGGAGGAGGAGGAGGAGGAGGAAGGCAUCGAGGAAGCGGAAGGCGAUCGACCUAAGAAACGGGGCCCCAAAAAAAGGAAAAUGACCAAGGCCAGGCUAGAGCGCUCCAAGAUGCGACGCCAAAAGGCCAACGCCCGGGAACGCAACCGGAUGCACGACCUUAACGCUGCCUUGGACAAUCUCCGCAAGGUCGUGCCUUGCUACUCCAAAACGCAGAAAUUGUCGAAGAUCGAAACCUUGCGGCUGGCCAAGAAUUACAUCUGGGCCCUGUCGGAAAUCCUGCGCUCGGGUAAGAGGCCGGAUCUGGUCUCCUACGUGCAGACUUUGUGCAAAGGUUUGUCCCAGCCGACCACUAACUUAGUGGCCGGCUGCCUCCAGCUCAACUCAAGGAAUUUCCUUACUGAGCAAGGCCAGGAGGCCGGGAGAUACCACGGGCCCAACUCCAGCUUUGCCAUGCAUCCCUACACCUACCAGUGCUCGCGGAUCUCCAGCGCUCAGUGCGCUUCCAGCACCAUGGCUAGCUCCCACGCCUUGCGGACGCACGCUUACUGUGCCACCUACGAGUCCCUCUAUGGGAACGCCUCGCCAGAUUACAAUAGCUCGGAAUACGACGGGCCCCUGAGCCCUCCUUUGUGCGUGAACGGGAAUUUUUCCCUCAAGCAGGAUUCUUCCCCCGACCACGAGAAAAAUUACCAUUAUUCUAUGCACUACUCCGCCCUCCCCAGUUCUCGCCCUUCCGGGCACAAUUUAGUGUUCGGAUCUUCGGGAAUGCGCAGUGGCGUCCACUCUGAGAAUGUUUUGCCUUACGAGAUGCACCUCCAUCAUGACCGAGGUCCGAUGUAUGAGGAGCUCAAUGCUUUUUUCCAUAACUAG